ACUUUACAGAGAUUUUAGCUGGUAAAACCUUUGUUGAAGAUGCACAUUAGUUUUGCUGGAUUCUUUUGUAACAAUUUAACAUUAUGAAGGCGGGGAUAUGCUUAAGGUAACAAUUAGAAUCGUGAUUUUAUUGUGAGGUUUUCAUCAAUAUGCUAUUUUGUGCGGAACUGCGCCCACAGAGAAAUGUCCGAGCAGAAUUUAGUAGUCGAAUGCGGUACUGACGUUUUAGUCAAUUACGUUGAGUCGCUGCACGUCUACACAGGAUUGUUGACAGUGGCUACAGUUUGUGGUGGACUAACGGGAAUAUUAGCCGCUGCCCUUUUCUAUACGUUUUGCCUGAAAACUUUAAUUUUGACAAGACAGGGGCACAAUGCAAGAAGGCUACUUGAAUCUGAUGAUGGAGAAGUGGAAAACAUCACCAGUGAUCAUGCGAGCAACAACAGAAAAGAAGCCCCGCCUGCUGCAACUAAUGACAAAGAGAAGAAACAGGAACCGAUGAACAGUGAUGUUGCAGCAUUUGCAUCAAGAGCAAAAGUGGUCUACCCCAUCAACCAAAAAUACAGACCUUUAGCAGACGGAGCAUCCAACCCUUCUCUUCAUGAAUGCUCCAAGUUGCCGACAAUGCCAAAAGAGGAUUCGUCGUCGUCCUUCACAGAGGGAGACUCUCUAAGUCAAGAUCUGGACAACGAUGACGGCAGCCAGUUCAUCUCCUCCUCAUCGGUCCCCAAGAACCUGCAGAACCAGAGCUUUGUCAGGGUCUCCCACUACUCCUACACACUGACACAAAAAGGUUUUGAAGCAAGGAUCAACCUCCAUUGUUUGGCCCUGAAGGAUGUCGAACAGCUUUGCGCUCAACUUCUGGAAGAAAAAUUUACUAUUUACCUUGAAAUGGUAAAAAAAAUAUUUUGCAGUCAUUUUCCAAGAGACAGAAACGAUGCAGACUUCACUAAGCGUAUUCUUCAAGUGCAGCAAAAGGAAUUGGAGGAGCUAAAGAAACAGCUGCCAACAGCCCAUACGACCAGUGAUGAUAAUUUGGAUGCUCCUUGUACUUUGGAGGAAAUGGAGAGAUCUCAAAAGAAUAUUCUAGAAAGCAGCCUUCAAAUGUCCAAAAGUUUCAGCAAAGUGGUGGAGGAGCUCUGCCAGCAUGUGAUGAAGAGGACCAGCAGUUUCCCUGCAGAUGAAGCACUUGAUGCGACAGUCGCUCUCAACCAGACUCUUGUGUUGGUCGAGAAUCACCUCAUGAAAGCUCAAGAAACUCAAAUAAUGCAAAUUUACCAGAAGCUGUUAUGGUGGGAGGAGCUGACGGGGCUUCUCCAGUCCCAACCUGCCUUGGUCCAGCAGGAAGCAUCUCUGAGGCAGAGCUUGAUGGCUACGGCCCUGGAACAGCUGACCAGCGAGGAUGUUUUGACUUUCAGCUGCAUGGAAACGAUACUUUCUCAAGUGCAGCACGCGCUUACAGAAAGUCUUCAACUGUGCAGAGAGGAUUACAUAAGGAAAACAAAUGAGUUGCUGGUUGAAAAGUGUAGCAAAAUGGAGGCAAAGCGAAAAAAGCUUCAGAGGAGCCAGGACAAGGAGAGAAGUCGUGUGCUGGAGCUAAGGCAAACUCACAGUGACCCAGAGCAGCUUUCAAAGGAGUUUCAAGAGCUAUUAUUAAAACAAAGGCAGAAGCUUUGUGAUUUGGAACUCCAACACAACGACCGGAUGGCUGACAACCUCUGCAACGUUUGGACAAAACUCCGCAGCAGCUGGUCAAAGAGGCUCCAAGAACGAACCAAAGACAUCUUUUGCACGUCUGUUACCGCCCAGUGCAAGCUGUCUGCUGAACGCUGCCAAGCGCUGUGGAUGGACGUAGAGCAGCAGUUUUCUGCACAUCAGCAGCGGGUGGAGACAACAGCCAGAUUGCAAAUGGAGCAAAUGCAGGCUCAGAUUGCUCAAGAACGACAGGUAUGGACCGAGUCCACCGCUCUAAUGCAUGCCAGCCUCAAGCAUCUGAAGAACCAGCAGAUGAAAAUCCUACGAGCCAUGGUGGUCAGUCAGAGCUACACACUUAACAGUCAAGUGGGGGAGUUGCUGGAUAAGAAACAUGAGCACCUGCUGGCAUGCGUGCAGCGCCACUUCAUGGCCAGACACUUUUGUCUACACCUGCUUAAAGAGAUGAGACUUUCCAAGCUGAAGGUUCUGUCUCAGACCGACUUUCGGGCUUUGCUGAUGAAGGAGCCCGCCACAGUCCACUCCUGUGUUGAUUCAGCUCUCAAGGACAGCAGUGCUAGCCUAGCAGAGAAGCAUCUGGUUCCAGAGAGUCAACUGGUGAGUCAUAGUUUCCAUCAGGAAUUCUUGUCGGAGUUGGAAACAGGGACAGAGAUUCUUCAGAAUCAUGCGCAGUUGGUGCUCGGCAACGCCCUCAGCCACGCCGUCUUGCAGCUGAUGGAAGGCCGGCUCUCUGAAUCACAAAGCAGCUCUACGGAUGAAGACGACUUGAAGCGUCAUCUAACAGAGGCCGCUUCUGAGAGUGUAUACGUGACCAAAGAUUCUCUUACUGCUCUCGUCCAAAGCUACUAUGCUAGCUUACAAGAUAUUGCUCAAAAACUGCAGCCACCUCAGUCAAACACGAAUUUUGAUGUGACUGAGGAAGCCUCCAGUAGCAGUCGGUUGAACAAAGCGUUGAUACGGGAGCUGGAGAACUGGGGAAGGAAACCCACCUCUGCUAAGUUUCAACAGAGGGUUGAGGUCCACAAAAGGAAAUUGUUAGAGCAUUGCGAUCUGGAGCAGGAGAUGAUGUGUGAGGAACUGAGACGAAGAAAAGUAGCCCAGACUCAAACGUUAGAAAGGAUCAAUGGACUACUACAGGAGGCAGAAAGAAGCUUCAUAAGUGAUUUGGCAGCAUUGGCUCGGGUUUCCAUCCACAGUCCAGACAUAGAAGACAGCGAUGAAGAUGACAACGCGGGGGAAGUGAAUGCCUCUAUAAUGGACCUUCUUGCCCGGAACCCAGCCCUAGAUCCGGCCUUGAAUCCAUCACUGACUCCAACUGUUGUCACUCCAGCCUCAUCAAAACUGACAAAAAAGAAAAAAAGAGAUCCAGAGGCUCAUAUCAGUUGAAAAUGUUUUGGUAUUGUACAGUCUACUUGGUCUAAAAGGGUUAUGUUUUAAAUACAAUACAGUUUUCCCAUGCAUUUUUUUUCCUAUUGCUGUAUUUCCAUCCAUCCUAUCAAUAUAGAAUCUAUUGAAA